CGUUCAGAGAGAGAAGGCCUAAUUCAAAGAAAGAGCCAGGCGGGCUUCCUUGCUCUGUGGGAGCAAUUGCCGUCCCGCUGCACCAUGGCCCACCUGGGAGCCCAUUUUGCCUUCCGGUCCCGCUGGCAGAAGACAGACGAGGAGCUCUGUCGGUACAGCAUGUCCUUUGUCCUUCACAGGGCCAUCCGCGACGACUUCUUCCAGAGCUAUCUCCACCUGCUGGAGAAGAUCCCCCUGGUGAAAUUGUAUGCUUUAACAAGUCAAGUCAUCAAUGGAGAGAUGCAAUUUUAUGCUAGAGCUAAACUUUUUUAUCAAGAAGUACCAGCCACAGAAGAGGGUAUGAUGGGAAAUUUCAUUGAAUUGUCCAAUCCGGAUAUCCAGGCCUCUCAGAAAUUUCUUAGAAAAUUUGUUGGGGGGCCUGGGAGAGCCGGCACAGACUGCGCCCUGGACUGCGGCUCCGGCAUAGGGAGGGUCAGCAAGCAUGUCCUGUUGCCGGUUUUCAACAGCGUGGAGCUGGUGGACAUGAUGGAGUCAUUCCUCCUGGAAGCCCCCAACUACCUGCAGGCCAAAGGGGACAAGGUAGAAAACUACCACUGCUAUAGCCUGCAGGAAUUCACGCCACCCUCAGGGAGAUACGAUGUCAUCUGGAUUCAGUGGGUCUCCGGGUACCUGACUGACAAGGACCUUCUUGCGUUUCUCUGCCGGUGCCGAGAUGGCCUGAAAGAAGACGGCGUCAUCAUACUGAAGGACAACGUGGCCCGGGAGGGCUGCCUCUUGGACCUGGCGGACAGCAGCGUGACUCGGGACAUGGAAACGCUCCUCAGUCUCAUUGGGAAGAGUGGGCUGGGGGUGCUGGGCCAGGAGCAGCAGGGCGGCUUCCCCGAGCAGUGCGUGCCCGUGUGGAUGUUCGCGCUGCACAGUCAUGGCCGCUCCUGACCGUGGGGCACUGACCCAGCAGCGCACUCUGAGACGGGUGCCUCGUCUGAGGUGCUCUGUGUGCAGACUGGACAGAGAAGGAUGAAUGCAUGUCAGCAGUAGUGCCAGUGUUCACGAACGAGGUAACACACACCCUUUGCUGAGACUCGCACGUAGUCCUCGGAGUUUCUGAGCAAAUUUUCGGUUCCGCAGAGUGAAACAUCAGGAAAUCUGCCUUAAGAAAGUGCUGUAAACACCUAACCAUACAAGUGUACAUGAAAGCAGAAAAAAAGGAACAACUUGCACAGAUUCUAACCUGUCCUGGUCCCUGGGAAUGCGUGCAAUGGAGUAGUCCAGGAUGAUGGGAGGAAGCCCAGACCCGUCUC